AUGGGCAAAGAGUCGACCAAAUCGCAAGUUUUGUCAGCAAAGGACAUCAUUGAACACCAAAAAUUGAUGGAUAAAGUAGAUGGUUUGCAUUCAUCGCUAAAUGGUUUGUUAGAAAAAAGAAUCAAUGAAUUGACAACCGCAGAUAUCUCGUACCAGUCGAAUAGCACAAUGCAUACAACUGCUCCGCAUGUUCAAGAUCAAGGUGUCAAGGUCAAGAAGAUGGAAAUUGAAAAGUUUAGCGGCAAAGACAAUGAUUGGCCACAGUUCAAAGCACAAUUUGAGGAAUGUUUUCAUCGUCGAACGGAUAUGACCGACUCAACAAAGUUUUAUCAUUUGAUGGCUCAUCUGGCACCACAGUCAGAGGCUUACAAUACGGUUAACGAGACACCAUCUAGGUCGGCGUUAAUUGCGCUGAUUAAUAAAACGAAUAAUUUGUUAUAUUCUUUGCCAAAAUAUAAUAUUCGUGUCGAACAUUGGGAUCCAAUUUUAGUACCGUUAUUAAUUCGAAAAAUGGAUGGUCAUUCAAGUCAAAGUGGACCUGUUUCAAGUCGAGGACAUUUCAGAGGUCCAGAAUCUGCAUCGAAUACACCGGCGAUAACAGCUAUGCCGGCAACUUCACAACAGUCGAAUUAUAAGCAUGAUCCAAGUAAGAUUAAGAAGAAGCGUGCAUGUUUUCAUUGUAACGGUUUGCAUAAGCUAUAUGAUUGCCGGUCUUUUGAAAGAAUGUCGGUUGAUCUAAGAGAGCAGCGUUUACAAAGCUUGAAUAUUUGUGUGAAAUGUUUGCGCAGAGGUCAUUCAAAGGACACCUGUAGUAUUUCUGAUUGUAGAAUUUGUGGACAGCCUCAUAAUAAGUUAUUAUGCCCUCAGCAACAAAAACCAGCAACGGUGUUAACCUUGGUACAAUCAUCGCCGGCUACGGAUAUUGAUGCAUCAUUAAUUGCGACGUUGAGAGUGUUAGCGUCAGAUAAAUUUGGCAAAGAAGUUAAGGUCAGAGCGAUGGCUGAUGGUGGAUCACACAUGUGUAUGAUUUCACGGCGUUUACAGCAGCUAUUAGAUCUUGAGCAAAGAAAAUUGUCUGUGCCAAUGGAGGGUGCCGGCCGAUGUGGUAUAGACUCAAAAACUUUUGUUGAUUUGAAAAUUUCACCAGCGGACGGCGGUUCGAGUACUGGUGAAUGGAUUAGAGCUGGUGUUAUGAGUGUAGUUUCGGGUAAAUUAACACCAACUCAGUUCGAUAUUUUGGACUGGAAUCAUUUGGAUGGCUUGCCAUUAGCAGAUGAGACAUUUAAUAUGCCCGAUGAUAUUGAUAUUUUGUUAAGCGUAGAAUUUAUGGCACGCAUUCAAGGUAACAAAAUUAUAAGAGAUCAUAACAAUUCGAAUCGUCCAGUGGUGGGCUGCACUACAUUUGGCUGGAUUGUUUAUGGAGCAUUACCAUCAAGUCAAAGGUUUGCUUCUUUGUCGCAUCUUGCAAUCGCUGAUUGUCAACGCAUCCCCGACAAUUUGGAAAGAUUGUGGAGGGUUGAUGCUGUGAAAGAAAAAUCGCUUCUCACGUCCGAGGAAGCGCGUUGUGAGCAAAUUUUCAGCGAAACUAUAAAGCGAGCUGAAGACGGUCGGUAUUCAGUUGCGAUGCCAAUUAUGGACAAUCCGCCUAAAUUGGGCAAUUCAUUGCGUGCAGCCAUAGCACGUCAAUUACAAAAUGAGAGACGAUUUCGCAAAGGUCCAAAGUUAAAAGAGAAUUACAUCAAGGAUAUUCGCCAAUUCAUUGAUUUGGACCAUAUGGAGUUGGUUCCGCUGAAUGAGAUAGAUAAAGAGGAUGUCUAUUACAUACCGCAUCAUGCUGCAAAUUCAAGUAAAUUUCGAGUUGUUUUUGACGGUUCUGUUAAGACUACAACGGGUGUAUCUCUCAAUGAUAUUUUAUUAAAUGGACCUCGUUGUCAAGAUGAUUUGAAUAUAAUUAUUAUGCGAUUUCGUAAAUAUGGUGUUGCAUUAACAACGGACAUUACCAAGAUGUAUCGUCAAGUCUUGGUACCAGAAAAUCAACGUGAUUAUUUGCGAAUUGUUUGGCGCGAAAAUGAGAAUGAACCACUACGGCAUUAUCGAAUGAAAAGGCAAACAUAUGGUUUAAAAUCAAGUGCAUAUUGUUGUGUCGCCACUUUGAGGUAUUGUGCUUUGGAACAUCGACAAAAGUAUCCAUUAGCGUCAAAAGCAGUGUUGAAUUCGUUCUACGUCGAUGAUGGUACUUUGUGCGCAGAUACUGAUUUUGAUGCGGAGAAUUUGUAUCGAGAGUUGAAUCAGAUGUUGAUGAGUUGUGGUUUUCCAUUGGCAAAAUGGGCCACAAAUAGUGCACACAUGAGGUCGGUACUUGGUGUUACCGCCGGCGCAGUAAGUUCAGUAAAUUUUGAUCUUUGUGAUGAAAGUUCAAUUCUUGGUUUGAAAUGGUCAAUUGCGGAUGAUGCAUUCCGUUAUAAUUACACUAAUUUAUCGGAUCUGCCACCUACAAAACGAAAUAUAGUGUCAGCGAUUGCGAAGUUAUAUGAUCCUAUUGGGUGGUUGGCACCAAUUGUAAUUUUGGGUGAAAUUCUGAUACAGGAUGUGUGGAAGAGCAAAGUUGAAUGGGACACCAUAGUACCAUUAGAACUUAAGAAUCGUUGGAAUGAUUUAAAAAGAACGAUGAUUGAUGUUAAUAAAAUUACUGUGCCACGGUGGAUUGGACUUUCACCAGAGAAAUCCAUUGAAAUUCAUGGUUUUUCAGACGCGUCGAACAGUGCAUAUGGAAUGACUUUCUACGCCAGAGUAGAAAGUGGAAUUACGAUUGAAUGUAAUCUGAUAACAUCGAAAACUCGCGUUGCACCGCUAAAGGGAAUGACUAUACCACGUAUGGAGUUGUGUGGAGCAUUGAUGAUGGCACACAUGUGUCAACAAAUCUGUAGCAUUCAUGAUGUGCCAAUGAGUAAAUUGACUCUUUGGACAGAUUCAAGCAUAGUCAUACAUUGGUUGUCAAAGUGUCCAUCUGGCUUAAAGGCGUUUGUUGGUAAUCGUGUUGCCGAAGCCCAAGAAUGUACAAAGGGAGCGCAAUGGAAGCAUGUACGUACGAAUGAUAACCCUGCUGAUUUAGCCUCGCGAGGCUUAUUUGCGAGUGAGUUAGUUGGAAAUUCGCUUUGGUUCCAUGGACCGCACUGGUUGUCGAAACCACAUUCAGAUUGGCCAGUUGGCAGUUUUACCAUUGAUCAACGUGUUAAAGAGGCUACAGUAGCUGAGUCAAGAGCAGUUCAGGCAUGUGCUAUUAUUCGAGUUGAAACUGUGCCGCGAAUUGAAGUUACAGUAAAUGAUGUAACAACAGAAAUGUUGUUGGAUCAUUGUAGUUCGAUGAUGAGGUUGGUUCGUGUUACUGCUAGAGUUUUGGCUUUCAUAAGAAAGAUAAGAACCAAAGAGAAAGUCUGUUCAACGUUCAUUGCCCAUGCCGAUUACUUGGAGGCUCAAGCAAUUUGGAUCAAAUAUCAUCAACAAAAAUAUUUCGCCGGAGAUAUUGAGCUACUCAAAAAUGGUAAAAGUUUAUCGCGUGAUUCAAUAAUAGUGAAGAUGUCACCUUUGUGA